AUGGAGGUUUAUUGUACUAUGCUAUUGACGGAUGGCUACCUGCCAGGCGCACAGGUACUCGCACAUUCGCUCCGCGAUGGCGGGGCGACCAGAAAACUGGCGAUUCUGGUAACUCAAGAUUUUUUGAGUGAAGCCACUAUGAAAGAGUUAAAGAGGAUAUACGAUUACAUUAUUCCCGUGGACCGAAUAACCAAUAAGUCGCAUGGGAACUUGUUAAUGAUGGAUCGGUUGGAUCUAUCGUCGGCGUUUACUAAGAUCCAUCUGUGGAGGAUGACGCAGUUUGAAAAGAUUGUGUAUAUUGAUGCUGAUGUGGUUGCUUUGAGGGCACCCGAGGAACUGUUCGAGACCAAAGAAAAGUUUGCGGCGGCGCCGGAUAUUGGGUGGCCGGAUUGUUUUAAUAGCGGUGUCAUGGUACUCAAGCCGGAUCUGGGGACAUAUCACGGCUUACUCAAUCUUGCAAACAGGGGGAUAUCAUUCGAUGGUGCUGAUCAGGGUUUGCUGAACGAGUACUUUAGAAAUUGGAAUAGACUCUCGUUCGUUUAUAACGUCACACCAUCGGGGCACUACCAAUACGCCCCAGCAUACAACCACUACCGCUCCAGCAUCACGAUGGCCCACUUCAUCGGUUCCAACAAACCAUGGGCCAUUGGACGACACGCAGGACAAGAAAAUACCACAUCAGCAUACGGUGAGCUUUUGGGAAGGUGGUGGUCUAUUUGGGAUGCUCACUACAGACCCGUUACGGAACAAGACCCGGCUUUGACAUGGUUGAGCAAAGGGGUGGGUGAACAGCUGACGAUAGCUGAGAUUGAAAGACCGAAUCCUAUGCCCACCGAGUAUGAUCCGAAUUUUAGACGGGAACAUACGAGUUUCGAUGAGAGGAAAGAUGAACCCGUGGUUUGGCAUCCGCCGCCGGUGGGAGGGCCGAAGCAAGAGCGACACAGGAAUCAACAGGAGCAUCAGUAUCAACCUCAGAACUACCAACCACAGCAGCAGCAACAGCAGCAACAGCAGCAACAUUAUCAUCAUCAUCAUCAGGAAUCACCACCACCACCACCGGUCUUUCUACCAAAAGAACAUGUUCCGUACGUGCCUCGAGAUUUGCCAUAUAAUGCUUACUCGCAGACACAGGGACCACCACCAAGUUACUCUUAUCACGCACAGAGACAGCAGCAGCAGCAGCAACAUUAUCAACCCCAAAUCCACGCACCUCGACCAGUACAUCCGCAAUGGGAAGAACAAGGCCGAAGAUUCUCCAAAGAGAUCCCAGCCAGGAUCGAAAAUAGUUUGCCACUACCCCCUAUCCCCUCAACCACUGAAGAACCACAAGCCUCAGAACCAAAGGAGAAGAAAUCCCCAUCAUUCGAAGCCCCCAUGCAACAAUGGGAUGCCGGAAGAUCCUCCCCUCCCCCAAAUUCUCGACCAGAGGCAAGUAACUGGCCAGCUCAACUUUACGAGAACGAAUGGGAUCAGGCAAAACAAGACACGGGACUCUUCGUCCCACCGAGGGUAGCCUCACCACCAACGGACCUCCUCAAUUUCGAAGUCCCACCAAAACCCCAACCUUCCCCACGUCCUUCCCCUAUCUUCCCAUGGGAACACGGUAACACCACACCGGCGACCCGAGUCUUCGCCGGCGAAGGAAGCCCCUCCCCAACCCUUCCCCUCGCGCUCCCAGGUUCCGUGGACGAUGAAUUCGAAACCGAAGAAGCGGCAGGAGGAUACUCGGCCCGCGGGAUGGCAGCAUGGGAUAGCUACUCGAGAACAAAUGCAUGGGAUAGCAUCCCGUCCAUAGAACGCUACGUAGCUUCCUUCCAACAAUCCACACAACCCCGUAGAACUGUACGAAAAGGGGAUGUGACACCUAACCCUCAGAUCCGCGGUGCUGACGAAAGAAUCCUCAGGACUGACGGGGAACAUUUUGACGAUGAGACGACGACGACGACGACGACGAUAACUUCGACGACGGGUUUGCUGCCGCCUGAAAUCUCGGUUACGCCGACGCCGUUUAAGUCGCUGAGGGGGUAUAGAAGCCAUGCGAUGGACGAUGAGACUAAAUUCCCGUCAGCGCAGGGGAUUCCAGACCAGCAGCACUGGGAUCCCAUGAAAUCAUUAGCAGAACUAAGAAACGCACCAGGAGAGUUACUAAACAGAAGUCCACCAUCACCACAGAGUUUAACCCGAGGAUCUCCUCGAUCACCGGCAUCGUCGGUACAGCAACAGCAACAAUUAGUAUCAUCGUCGAUGCCGGUUCCCGAGAAGGAUUUCCAUAUCACGGCUUAUAGGAAACGACAUGAGAUGAGUGUUUCUUCGGGGAAUUCGUCGGUGACCGGAUCGCCGGUUAAUACUUUUAGUGAGAGGACUUAUGCUUCUAGUUCGACGCAGACGGAUGUGGUGGAGUUGAGUGAUGCUGGGACGCAGAGUGAUCCUGAGGAUAUCGAUGCGGAGAUGGUGAUGGUUGGUGUGCAUUGA